AUGGGCUUACUCAUACCGCCGCAGAAGGAGUUGCGAGGAUCAAAGUGGCGCAUGGACGGAUGGCAGCUGCCGCUCUUGCCCCAGAGUACAUCUCAACUCCCAUCGGUUGGUAAUCGGGCAUCGAGGGCAUCGGAGGGGGGGCGUAGUAGUACAGUGCAGCAGUACACUGGCCGCGCCGGGGUUUCAGCAUUCAAAACCUGGAUUGAAUGGAGUGGGCAGUGUACCACAGCGUCACAGACUGCGACAGGUUGUGAUAGCCUUGCAUGGAGUAUUCGCAGCCCGGCAUGGCUUCGGAGUUGUGCGGGUGAGCAGUGA